AGAGAGAGAGGGAGAGAGAGAGGGAGAGAGAGAGGGAGUGAGAGAGGGAGUGAAGGAUGCAGCAGAGUGGUGAUGCACUGGUACCCAGUGCUGUGCAGGAUUAAUCAUUCAGGAUGUCUCCAUGAGCUCCAUGAGAAACGUGGCGAGGAGAGAAAACUAUCUGUGGCUGAGAGCAGACAGAGGGGAAGAUGCUUUUGGUGACGCAAAACUUAAAGUGGAGAGAAGAAGUUUCAACCAUUUAUUUAUUUUUUAGAAUCUGAGUAAAGGUAAGUGAGCAAAAAACAAAACAAAAAUGUCAUCCUCUCCUGGCAUGAAGCCUCGGGAGCACGUGGACAUGAUGUACAUCUCCAUUGAGACGGCCAUAGCGCUGGCUUCGGUGCUGGGGAACGUGCUGGUGGUGCUGGUGGUGUGCGUGAACCGGGCUCUGCGAAACACCACCUUCUGCUUCAUCGUGUCUCUGGCCGUGGCCGACAUCGCCGUGGGGGUCCUGGUCAUCCCUCUGGCCAUCGUCAUCAGCCUGGGGUUCAACACUCAGUUCUACACCUGCCUCUUCCUCUCCUGCCUGCUGCUCAUCAUCACCCAGAGCUCCAUCCUGUCCCUGCUGGCCAUCGCCAUCGACAGAUACCUGCGAGUCAAGAUUCCCACCAGGUACAGCACCAUCGUGACCCAGGGGAGGGCGUACGUAGCAGUGUGCCUCUGUUGGAUGCUCUCCUUCUUCACCGGGUUGGUUCCUAUGAUCGGCUGGAACAACCGCGACGCUCGGGGAAACCUCAGCAGCUCCAGCGAGAUCGUCUGCGAGUUCACCGCCGUCAUGAGGAUGGACUACAUGGUGUACUUCAAUUUCUUCGGCUGGGUGGUGGUGCCGCUGACCAUCAUGAUCAUCCUGUACGGGGAGAUCUUCAGGGUGAUCCGGCGGCAGCUCAACCGCCGCGCUGAGGCCACGUGCGACGGAGAGCGGUACUAUCGGAAGGAGCUGAAGCUGGCCAAGUCGCUGGCCUUGGUGCUCUUCCUCUUCGUGGUGUGCUGGAUGCCGAUACACAUCAUGAACUGCGUCAGCUUCUUUUGCCCGACGUGCUACGUGCCCAAGUUUGCCAUGUAUGUGGGGAUCUUCAUGUCCCACGUGAACUCGGCCCUCAACCCGAUGGUUUACGCGUUCAGGAUAAAGCGGUUCCGCGUCACGCUCAUCCAGAUCGCUCGCCGCUGCAUGUUGUGUAAACCUGCAGAGCCGACCCCGUGCCCCACCAGCACCCCGGGCUUGACCGAGAAAGUGGACGUAAACCCGUGAAAAGGAGUUUUCAUUUGGAGCAUAUCAGGGAUUACAUGAGAUACGGACCUGGUACGGAAUAUCAAUGAUUAAAAGACACAGCAAGUCAUGGGACAUAGCGGUCUGUCACUGCUCAAAUCUUUAACCCUCCUGUUGUCCUCAUUUACGGGCCCAAAAAAUUAUUACUUCUUUGUCUGAAAAAAAUUCAGCAAAAAAAAAAAAAAAAUCCCCAAAGUUCUGAAAAUGUGCAAAAUUUCAAUAAUUCCUUAAAAGUUUCCCUUAAAAGUUUUAUUUUAAAAUAAAUCCCCCAAAUUUGGCAAGAAAAUUCUGAAAUAUUUUCAAAAAAUGAGUAAAAAUCUUCCAAAAAAAAUCUUUAAAAUAUCUAAAGUGAUUACAUAUAUAUCAGUAAAAACGUCUAAUAUUUUCUUUAAGAACAUUAAAAAAAAAAAAAAAAAUCCAGCGAAAGUCGCUGGAUUUUGGUUGAUUUUGUUGGGAAUGGUCUUAAGAAACAUUUUUAACAUUUCUUUUUUUCCACCAAAAAAUGUGCAAAAAUUCCCCAAAAAUAUGAAUUUUCACUGUGAAAAUAUUUUUUUCCCCACAUUUUCAAACUUUAAAUUUCCAAAAUGUUCAGGAAGAAAAUUCCAGUAAUUUCUUUAAAAAAUUCCCUUAAAAGUUUUAUUUAAAAAAAACAAAAACAAAACAAAACUCAAAUUUGGAAAGAAAAUUCUUAAAUAUUUUCAAAAAACGAGUAAAAAUCUCCCCAAAAAAAUCUUAAAAAUAUCUAAAGUGAUGACACAUACAUCAGUAAAACUUCUAUUUUCUUCAAGAACAUUCACAUAAAAAUAAAAAGAUUUUUUUUGUGAAUGUUCUUAAAGAAGCAUUUUUUAAACAUUUAUUUCGACCAAAAAAUUUUCAAAAAUUUCCCAAAAAUGUUGAAAAUGUGGACAUCAGAAGUUUCGCUGUGAAAAUAUUGGGUUUUUUUUCCCCACAUUUUCAAACUCUAAUGCAGGUCAAUUUGACCCACAGGACGACACGAGGGUUAAAAAUAAAAAAAGAACUUGCAACCAGAGGAACCGAUAUUAUCCCCAUCUGUUUGCAUUAUUUUGUUUUCACUCAGUGCUUCCUUAAUCGAUUCAUGUUGAAUUCUAACGUACAUGUCAACCUAAAAAGUGAUACAACAAACAUUUCAUGCUCCAAAAGAUCGUUGGUAAGUUCAGCGAAAUAAAGAUGAAUAGUUUCUUCAA